AUGAUAUCUCCUUAUUAUCCGUAUGCGUUGCUCAAAACUGAUUCUAAAAUUGUCUUACUUUUUAAAUUCAUGCCUUUUCAAUUCGAAAACCUGCCUCCGGAGCAGCUCGAGCUGCAGGUCCCUGUUUACAUCUUAAAAGGGCAAACGUUUGCACGCCGCAAGGGAUUGCUUGCAGUGUUCAAUGACAAAUUUAGUGUGCAAUAUUACGAGAUAGUGGAUGGCUACUUCAAAGCAAUGGUCCAUCUCGGAGAUGGGAUAAACUGUCUCACUUUGCAGCAUGUAGAUGGCAUAUGGAUGAACGGGAAGCCUGCCUUUCCCAAGGAUGGGCCAACAGUGUUUGAUCAAGCAGUGGUCAAGUUGAACUACAAUCCGAUAAAAGACGAAUCUCUUGUUCCAAAAAUACAUUUGUGUGUUCUGGUCGGCAAGGACUCACCUCAAUUGUUUGACUGUCCGCAGGCCAAAAGAUACGAGGGGAACAAUCUUGAUGCGGCAGUACGCAAGUUGCGCAUGGGCGGAAGGUUAAUGCAGGCCUUCACGCAGGAUGAUAUGUAUUUAGAGAAAUUCGGAUCGAGGAGCUUCCGAUUCGUGGAAGAGAAAACCCGGAGCACCAUCAGCUAUUUUGAGGAGGUAAAGGGAGUUGUGCGCAACGAAAUUAAAAUCCAUGUUAUUCGCUCGGACCGCACGGUUGGCGAACUUCGAAGUGCUGAUUAUGCACAACAAAACCCCAAGGCAAAGAAGGCUGGAGAGCUAUUUGGCAUUGCGAUGGAUGCUUUGACCAAAUAUGGUGGCCCAUUUGCAGAGUCUGCAACCUCCCGCGUGCCAGCUAUGGCGGCUGUCAUGAUCUUGGAUGCUCACUGGGAUAGGACGCAGAACUUAAUCUUGGGACAUGCCGCAUUGGGCGGUGGAAAUGAUAGGAUCAAGCUGGCUAUCUUUGGAUCCCAUGGACUUCACUCCUGGCCAAUGAAUAUGGAGUCUCUGCAUAGAGCAUUGACCGACACUACGCCGAUCAGUACUAGUGAGGUGGCCAAUGAUUGCAACCAAUGUGGCACUGCUUGGGAAUGCUUUACCUUGACUCUAGGGGCCUUCAUGCAUGAGAUAGGACACCUGCUUGGCUGUCCACACCAAAAAAACGGAGUUAUGCUCCGUGAUUAUCUAACAAUGAACCGCAAGUUCUUAGCGAAAGAGGCGUAUUGUCAGCGAACAAAGAAGUCAGAAUGGGGCCCUGUUCUCACAAGCACAGAGCCUGGAUGGCACAGAUUGGACAAAAUAAGGUUUCUGUAUCAUCCAGCCUUUGCUGUUCCUGCUGAUUUCUAUGUUGAGUCAUUUAGACCAACUGCGUUUAGAUGCAACCAGGGAAUGAAACUGCCUGCAGAUGCAGUCUGUGAAAUCUCCGUUUUGGCGAUCGAUAAAGAUACUUUGGACUUGGUGGCACCUUCAGGGAUCUAUCUAGUCGAGUUCAUGACCGGUGAAUUUCCCGAUUUGCAAUACGAGUUCUUACCCGUGUUCUUGAAAGGUCAGGGCUGCAGCCCUGUCGUUCGCUUGUCCGUCUCCCAACUUGAGUCUCAACUGAAAAGCAAGAAGCCCAUCAACGUUCGGGUUCUUGCUCGUGGGUUUGUACAAAAAGACAUCAGUGAUUUGCGGAAAUUCCUCAGAGAGCUGAGCUCUCCCGUGUUGGUGAAUGGUGGUACAUUGUCUCUUACCAAAAGCGAGGUUUACGGAGGAGGUCAGGGCCGUGAUUUGAUGGUCACAUUUCCUGAAAAGCGAAUUACCGGGCUACAAAUCACGCAUGGUUUGGCGUUGGACGGAAUUAGAGUUCUCUUUAGUGAUCGAAGCUAUGUGGAUUUUGGAAAUUUCAAAAGUCAUCACUCGGAUUUUCAUUUGGAAGAAGAUGAAACUAUAACAGGAUUCAAUAUACGCUGUGGAGCUUGGGUUGAUGCUAUUCAGAUUCUGACCAAUAAAAGAUCGAGUCCAAUGCUAGGCGGAACAGGGGGAGGUGUGCGUCAGUUUAUCGUGCCUCAUGGUAAGAAGUUGCAGGGCUUUUAUGGAAAGUUGUCCAAUUGGUGCAACGGUGUAGGGUUUUUAUAUGGUUGA